AUGGAAGUUCUCAGAGAUGUAUUAUCACUUGAUCAAGCUAAAAUUGACGAGUUAAAGGCAACCACACAGGAUGAAGCAGAAAACAACAAUCUGUUUGAAAAUUAUUUGAAGGAUUGCAAAUUCAAAGCACCUUCGAACCAAGACCAAUCACCACUAACCAAACUGAAAACAUUACAAGAAACUCAUUCCAACAACGAAGUGGCAAUUAGUGUGGUUAUACCCCAACUAGUUGACUACUUGACCCAAUUUACUGACAGAUUAUCCAAUUACACACAGGACUUGGACUUUAUUAAAAGAAAAUCUAAUGAAUUGCAAUCGCUUCUCGAAUACAACUCUACCAAACUGGCUAACAUUUCACCCAUGGUCAAUGAUCUAAUGAUUCCUCCUGAACUAAUUAAUGAUAUUGUUAAAGGAAAGAUCAAUGAAAGCUGGCAAGAUAACAUAGCAUUCAUUACUGACAAAGAGCAAAUUUAUGAUAAAUAUAGACACACUGAUCAUAUUGAGCAUCAAGAAGAUACGAAUAGGUCGACUACCAUAGCACCAAAAGAUUUUGACAAGCUAUGUCAACUCUUGGAUAUCCUCAAAAAUGUUAUCCUAGAAAGAUCCAAAAGACUCAUUAUUUCGAAAAUCAAAAGUUUAAGAAAUCAUCACCCAAUACCAUCCCAAAGGCUACAAACACAGUUGUUAAAAGUUCAAAAAAUUUUCCCCUUUAUAAGAGAUAACAAUCUUUCUUUAGCCCUUGAGUUAAGGCAAGCCUACUGCUAUACAAUGAAAUGGUAUUAUAAAGAGUAUUUCUCAAGAUACAUCAGAUCGUUGACGAUUUUACAAUUUCAACAAAUCGACUCUCAAUUUGCAUUAGGGAAUGGCCUUUCCACAACUUCAGUGGGUGGAUUUAGCAAUUCCUCGUCUCUGUUUUUCUCAAAUUACUUAACUACAUCUGCCACAAACGCUUUUUAUAAUAAAGCAUCUGUCACUGACGAGGAGAUUAACAGAUACUUUCAGAUUAAGAAAAGGCUAACCGUUUUGACUCAAGAAGAUAAUACAGUCAUGGUUUCACAAAUCGCCGAAAAUAACACAACUAAGAAUUAUAUUGAAAUUGGAUUUAAAAAUUUGAACUUAGCCAUUCUAGACAAUUGUACAGUAGAAUACCUUUUUUUAAAGGAGUUUUUUGCUAUAAAUGAUGAUAAUUCUGAGGAAAUUAAUGGACUGUUAGAACAAAUAUUCCAACCAACUUUUGAUGAAGCAACUGAAUAUACCCAACAACUGAUUCAAUACAAUUACGAUAUUUUUGGCGUACUAAUCAGUAUCCGUGUGGCAAAUCAACUGCAGUUUGAAUCCGAAAGAAGAGAUAUACCGUCCAUGUUUGAUAGUUUCUUAAACGGCCAGUUGAUUCAGUUAUGGCCCCGGUUUCAGCAGUUGGUAGAUUUCCAAUGUGAAAGCUUGCGUAAAGUAGCAAUCACUACAAACGUAGCAAAAUAUGGUAGCUCAAACGCAACAAACAAUGACCCAUUAACUUCACCACAUGAAUUAGCUGUACAAUUUGGUAAGUUUUUAGUAAGUUUUCUGACAUUGGCAAUAACACAUAAACUGGCCAUUGAUGAAAGAUCUGAACCAUUAUACAAUUCCAUCAUUAGAUUAAGAAAUGAUUUUGAAACUGUCAUGACAAAGUGUAGCAAAAAGACUAAAUCUCCCGAAAGGUUUUUAACGACGAAUUACAUGUAUUUAUACAAUAAUUUACAACAAUUACAUCUACAAUUGAAUAUGACUGACUCGAAUACGCAAAAUUACGAUUUCAAUUCUACGGAGAAUGUUAAUACUGAUGCUAUAGAUGAGAAUGAAGGUAACUCUGGGGUACCGCUAAUAAUCAGAGAGACCGAGAACCACUUCAAAACUUUAGUGGAAGCUUUCACUAGAAGUUGA